AUGUCGCGAAUCGUCAGCAAUCCUGUGGAAUUGCACAAGCUUUCGAUUGUUGACAAGCAGACAGGAUCUCGAGAUGUUUCUCCAACAAGGUUAGCCCCAGCUGAGCAGGGCAACGCACCGCAAUCGCCGCGAAGGCUUGGACUCCAGAUCUCACUGCCCAUCGAAUCGAGCCCUGUUAAGGACACAGAAUCACUCGAAUUGUCGCCUGUGUCAUCUCAUACCACUUCCAGAAGGCAGAGUGCUGCUUCGGAACACGAUAUACUAUUCAAGCUUGCAGCGAAGGAAAGAGAGAUUGUAGAGCUAGAACAAAAAUUACAUACGGCUCGUAAAGAAUUGCACCUCUUGGAGUCGCAAUACCGCUCAACAGUGCCAACGAACAGCCCUUCGAAGAAUGAAGUUAUCCAAAAUUGGUCCAAAAGAGUUCAGAGAACCCUCGAUGAUGUGAACAAUUCACCAAACGUUAUCAAGAGUAAAAAAAGUAUAAGCAGUUUCUUCAAUGCUGAGCCACAACAACCACAGUCCAGAGGGAAAGGUGGAUUUUUCCAAAAUUUAGUUGACAAGUUCAAUGAGUUUAGUGUGGCAGAAGAUGAGGAAGAAGAGUUUGAUAGAACUCAAAAUAAGCAAAAGGACGAUUUUUACCUAAAGGAGAAGCUAGAUUAUGAUGAUGAUGAAGAAGUCGUUAACGAAGCGACUGGUUCGACAUUGUUAAACGUCAAGGACUCAAAAUUAAAAGAUAUAUAUAGGAGGUAA